CAACUUUUCAGUUAAAGUGCUCUCCCUUGGGAGAGAGGUCAGUAUUUAGAAAAGAGCUGGGAGUGGGCACAUUACAUUUUCAGUGAUUUGGGUGUUUUAUUUAGGAAAGGGCUUUCUUCCUCACUGUCGCUAUUACAUGUUUAUGGAAGCUACCAGAAAUGGCUCAGUUCUCUGCGUUUUCACUGACUGAAUGAGCCCUUCAUAUUGCAGAACUUAAUUCUGCAUAUGCUAACAAGAAACACAAGAAAGUACUUUCUUUUGCACUUCUAAUUUUUCAUAAAGAGAGUGGAAGAUAUGAUAUGAUUUCCAUCAUGAUCCCACUGACUGAAUACUGUUAUUCGUUUACUGUCUGAAUGGACACAUACUGGACCUGCACAUUGUUCCAGGUUUGGAGACCAUAUGCACCUUAAAAUCAGGAUCUCUAACUCAUCUCUACUUUGAAGAUGGAAGACAGUAUAGUGAAGGCUCCAGAUGGAGGAUGGGGUUGGAUGGUUUUACUUGGUUGUUUUGUUAUCCAAGGAUUCUCAUAUGCUUUUCCCAAAGCAGUGAGUGUAUAUUUCAAAGAGCUAAUGUAUGAUUUCCAUGUGGGCUACAGUGACACUGCUUGGAUUUCUUCUAUCAUGUUAGCCAUGCUCUACGGAACAGGUCCUGUAUCCAGUAUACUUGUGAAUCGGUUUGGUUGUCGGCCUGUGAUGUUAGUUGGUGGGCUGCUGGCUGCAUCUGGAAUGAUUACAGCAUCUUUUUCCAGAAACAUCAUUGAACUCUUCCUGACAGCUGGAGUGGUCACAGGCCUAGGUCUGUCCUUGAACUUCCAGCCUUCUCUGAUAAUGAUUGGAAGAUACUUUGAUAAGAGAAGGCCUCUAGCAAAUGGCCUGGCUGCAGCUGGCAGCCCUGUUUUCCUCUCAGUUCUCUCACCUGUGGGACAGAUUCUGCUAGAGACAUUUGGCUGGAGGGGAGGGUUCCUAAUCAUGGGUGGUUUAUUACUUAACUGUUGCACCUGUGCAGCUAUGAUGAGACCUCUUCUAAACAAGAAACAAGAAGAAAGCAAAGACAAACAUGAAGUCGAAAGGAUGCUGCCGGCUACUACUGCUAACAAGGACUUCACCAAAUACAAGGGAAACCUAAAGGCAUCAAAGUUCAAAUGCAAGCUUCUUGAUUUCAGUGUUUUAAAAAACAAAGGGUUUGUUAUUUACACUAUUGCCAAAUUCUUUCUUAUCUUGGGAGUCUUCAUACCACCCAUUCUGCUGGUGAACUAUGCCAAGGAUAUAGAAGUUCCUGACACUGAAGCUGCAUUCCUGCUCUCCAUCAUUGGUUUUAUAGACAUUUUUGCUAGACCAUCCUGUGGCAUCAUUGCAGGCUUCAGAUGGAUUAGACCAUAUACCAUAUAUUUUCUCAGUCUUGCUGUGUUAUUUAAUGGUCUGACAGAUAUCUGUGGUGCCAGAGCCUCUGACUAUAACACGCUUGUGGUGUUCUGUGUUUUCUUUGGUGUAUCUUAUGGAAUGAUUGGGGCCCUGCAGUUUGAAGUACUGAUGGCUAUUGUUGGAUCACAUAAGUUCUCCAGUGCAAUUGGAUUGGUGCUUCUCAUCGAAGCAGUGGCUGUUCUGCUUGGACCUCCAUCUGCAGGAAGACUGGUAGAUGCUUUCAAGAAUUAUCAACUCAUUUUCUACAUGGCUGGCUCUGAGGUACUUUUUUCUGCCCUGUUCUUGGCUAUCACCACUUAUUGCUGCUUAAAACAACAAAAGCCAAAGAUGGGGAGCCAGAAGGACAGAGCUGAAGCAGGAGAUCUUCAGGAACUGGAAGAAAUCACUACUAACCAGUUACAAAUGCCCAGCAGGCGUCUUCUACCUAAUAACAUGGCAGGAACACCCAUUUUAGAUACAAACACUGUACAAGAUUACGAUGAAAAGGGAACAGAACACCUGAAUUCUGAGCAUUCUGAUGGCAGUCCAGUGCAAGUUGAAAACAGGGACUGUUUCUAGCUUUCUAGCAUGCACAGUAACCUGAGAAAUGGGCUUUUUUUCUGAGCAGGUUUUGUUUGAGAUAAUUACACUGUAAGCUAAAAUCAGAGAUGAUUUUCUUCAUAUUAACUGUUAGGCAAACAACUUACAUGACUUAAAUGAUAUGGCAACAUACUGUCUACAUUGUAUAUCAACUUAUUAAAUAUUAGAAUUCAGUAGAUGAUGUAUUUCUAACUGUUCUAAAACAGUUCCUGGACUAGACACAGAGUCAUCUAAAAAACAUUUGAAAAAUAUUAGAUGUUUGGCUCAGGGUUGACACUCAUACACCAAAUGUUAAACACAAUUUUGUCUCCCUUUUUCUUACUGUUGUCGAAGUACUGAAUGAUUAUGUAUACAACGUUUUUAAAAGAGUGUUACAAAACUAAACUUCUUUCCUCUGAAUCAGACAUUAGUGCAAUGCUGCAAACAUCUUCUCUUGUUCCAUUCUGAUAUAAAUAUGCACACCAUUACUGGGGUAUAUGGAAAGCAAUCCUAUACAGAGUAAGGUGGGAUAAAUUGCUCUACUAUGGGAACCAAUUGAUGCACUGUUUCAUAAGCAUUAAAGGAAUCUAUUAUUAUUAUCUCAAACAUAUAAUUAUUGCAGAUUUUGUUCACACACUGUAAUAACAUUGUCUGAAUUCUAUGAAGCAAAACUCUUUAGUUUAACAAAAUGAAUGUCUUUCCAUAAAAUAUGUUGACAUUAAAACAUUUUAUUCACUUGAUAAAAGCUAUUGUUACAUGUCAUAUGCAGUAUAACAAAUAUUUGAUCUCUUAGGAUAUGCACUGUCUGUAUACUGGCAGAAACCAGAUAGUUGGGGACACUGAUAAAUCAUGAAACCUAACAUGCCUAAAGUGAGUUUAUGCCUUGAUCACAAUACAGUAUAACAUUUGUUCAGUUCUAUGACAUGCCAUCUAAUUUGGCAUGCAUUAUAAAUGUAUUAUAUAUGCAAGUCAUUAUGGCUGUUGGACAUUUUAUUUAUUAAUGAUAUUCUGAGUUAUUUGUUCAAAUUUUAGGAUGCAUUUCUAUAUCUUCAUUUAUUUUAUUUGUUUAUGUUUUAUUUUUGCUUUAUAUCAGGAGCAAAACAGUCAAAUGUGCCUUUUAGUUAUUUAAACUAUCAUACAAUGGGUCGGAUUCAUUGACAGCUAUACUAAGGGCAGCUGUCUUGUACGCAGCACAUCAAAUGAUUCUACACAUAGUGCACUGAUGCCAAACAAAGGAAAAUGGCAGAAUAUGCUAGCAAAAGUAUAAGUAGCUAAAUUACAUGCUAAUUAACAAAUCCAACAUGGCAGAGCUAUUCGUGAAGCUAGAAAGCAAUUGAAUACCCUCAGUGUAGCCAUUUGCCAUGAAAUCCAAAACUCUUUGGAGUACAGCCACAAUUACACUUAGAAAAAAAAUGAUAGCAGUUGCUGCUGCUGCUGCUAUUAGAAAUUUGUGUGUGCAACACACUUUAAUUAAAGUUUCUGCUGCUGCUGUUGCCAGACCUCUGGCAAGAAAAGCAAGGAUUUUUAAUACCCCAUUUGAUUUAGUAUGGACUGUAUGACACAGAAAAAUGUACAACAAAACUGUGUAGACAGGGAAACAGUACUGUAAAUAUGCAACCUCUUCUGCCUUCAUCUGAGGCCCAAUAUAAGUGUGGAACCAGUUUGAAAAAUGUUAACAGUUACUGUUGAGUGGCUUCUUGACAAUCUGUUACACAGAUUCCCUUCGGGCCAUUUGAUCGUUUUAGUAACUUGAUGACAAGUUGCUAUGGAUAUCUGUUUUGGUACUGAAUGGCUGAAUAGAGGUAUCACAAAUGUCUAUUGGUUGUAAGACAUUCGUUAUUAGUCUAUGCAGUUAUUAGUUGUAAGUGUUGUAUAUGAUUAUGAUAGUGUGUGGAAAUGUCACUAAACAGAUACUUAAAAGGUGCCAUGAUGCUAACAGUUAUUGUCAAGUGGUUUCUUGACAGUUUGUUACAUAGAUUACUUUUGGGCCAUUUUUAUUGACCCUGUAACAUGUUAAUAAGUCAUCUUUGGAUAUCCGAGGCAGCUAUAGGCUGAUUAAAGUCUAGAUAGUGUUUUGGCCUUGAUAAAUCCCUUUGCUUUUAUUUGUUAAUCCCUGUUUAAAGCAAAAUGAUAAGGUGAUCAUUUCAUAAGCACUUUUAGAAGUUUUUGAUACAAAGGUGGUUUAAUAUUUGGAAUGGGACAGUUACUAAUGAAAUAUUCCAUUAAUAAGAUUUAUUUGUUUAAUAAGAAGUGUUCUAAUGUGGUUAGGAUCGAAACAAAAUUUUUCUUUGUUAUUAUGUGAAUUUAGUCAAGAUUUGGCUUGGUGACAAGCAUAUCACAUGUGUCUAAGUGCACACCAGACACUAGCCAAUUCUAUCAUGUUUAACAUAUCCAUCUAGUGUACAUCUAACCAGUCAUGAUAUUGUAAAUUUAGUCGAUUGAUUGGAUGUUAGAUUUUAGAUCCUGAUUCCAAUACGACAAGAUUUUGCAUAACUUUAUGUGACUGGUAGGUUAGGAGACUAUGUUCAGUAAUUAUGCACAGUUAAUUUUAAUUUGAAUUUUAAUUGCUUUUUUUGCAGUUUAUUGGAUGUUUUGUUUAGCUGUUUUAAGCAUAUAAUGCUGUGUUUUCAGUGUGAUUUUAAUGGUCUGAAGAAGCAAUUAAGAAUUGUGAAAGCACUUACCAGACAAUAAAAGCUUAACGUUUUAACCUG